UGUCUCCUAGUAAUAGUUAAAUUUAUAAUUUAACUAAUUAUAUUUUAAUUAUUAUAGUUAAUCUUUUCCAAACAUCAUACAAGAUGAACAUACGUUAUGAAGUGCUGAGAUCGGAUAAACUUGGGAGGUACUUAGUAGCCGCUAAAGACUUGAAGGCUGGCGAGAAAAUCUUGUCAGACGAGCCCUUCGUUAUCGGCCCCAGUAGCGACACAUCGCUCGUUUGUCAUAAUUGCUACUUGCCUCUUAUAAGCAAGUUUAUUGUAUGCAAGAGCUGUGCAGUAGCACCACUGUGCCCCGAUGAAGGAUGCCCUCAGCCACUGACUUAUAACUGGCAUUCUAAAUCAGAAUGUGAGAUCUUUAAGACGCUGAAACUCACUAAGGGUCUGAAUCCAAUGGUUAUGGUUCAGAAUGUUGGAUCGCUAAUAAUACUUCGCUCGAUAUUAAAGAAGAAAACAGAGCCAGAAGCAUGGGAGGAGUUUAUGCAACUAGAAACACAUAUUGAGAAGAGAAAAAAUACAAGCGUCUGGCAAUACUAUCAAAAUACUGUAAAGUUUAUUGAAUCCUUGGAUCUCGAUGGUGUCGAUACAAACUUGGUGCAAAAAGUAUGCGCGGCGGUGGAUGUGAACAGCUUUGAUGUGAGAGGACCACGGAUACCAGUUAUCGGCUGUUCUGAGAUACUGCGUGGGAUUUAUCUCAAAACAUCACUGAUGGCACAUGACUGUGUCGGGAAUACUCACCUCUCUAUAAAUGACAAUAAUUUACUUGUGUGUCAUGCUCGUAUAGAUAUCAAGAAAGGAGACAUAAUAUAUUUUAACUACACGGACCCCUUAAAGGGUACAAAAUUACGACAACAGCAUUUACUAGUCGGUAAAUACUUCAAAUGCACGUGUCAUCGAUGUUUGGACUCCACUGAGCUAGGAACCUACCUCAGUUCUGUGUUAUGCUCUGAAUGCAAGAUUGGCCUCGUUUCGAUGAAUAAAAACGGUAUUUGGGUGUGCAAUAACUGUAAAAAAGAUUAUGCACAAACACAUAUUGACAAGAAGAUUCAAGGUUGUUCUGAUAAAUUCGAUGUAAUUAAUAAGAAAGACGAAAAAGAACUCGAGGAGUACAUUCGAAAUGUGUCGUUACUGCUGGCUCCCAAUCACUACCUUUUGUUGGAAGCUAAACAACGUCUGGCCGGUGUCCUCAGAGACCUAAUUAGCAGAGAGACACGCCCUACCAAGAAAGUUAUGCGCCGAAAAUUACAAUUAUGUAAUGAAUUGCUUCCCGUCAUUGAGAAACUUAUCCCGGGCAUAUCCCGGACUAAAGCAAUCACUAUGUACGAACUACACGCAGCCAUGGUGCAAUUGGCGAGAAAAAUGUUUGAUGGACGUGAAAUAACGGGUCUUGCGUACAUGGAUGAAUUGCUACAUGCAGAGACAUACCUUAAACGGGCCCUAGAAAUGUUGUUCAUUGAACCAGGUAAUUCUCCUGAGGGAGAAUUAUGUGCUAAGGCACUAGAAGAGUACAGAGCGUUAAAAGCAACAAUGAACAGCGUGUUGGAUGGUAUACACGCUGAAGGUAAAACAUACGUUAAUGCUGCUGAUAGAGAGACACCUUCACAAGGUCAUAUAUGAAGAUAAUCCACAAACGAAGAUAUUACUGCUAUGUAGAAUAUUGGAAAACAUAUCUGGACUGUUGUUUUGUUUAAUUUUAUUUAGUGCGUAAGAUCGUAUGAUUUAUAUCCCGUAUGUCAGUUCCAUAGGUUAGUUUUAGCUGCUACAAAAUUGUUUCACAAGAUGCCUACAGUUAUUACUACUAGUACAGUUCGGCAAUACAUGCAAUUCAUCAUCACAUCCUGUGAAACCUAAAGGAUGGGUAUAACGUACAGUGCGAUUUCAGAAGAAUUUCCCACCGCGUAAACUGAGAUUGUUGAAUGAACUACGUAGGUAUUUUUUUCCAAAAUCUGAAUAUGUUAGCUUUUUUCAAUAGACAAAAAAGACCAGAUAGGCCGAAUGCCUAUUUGUUUGUUUGAAUGUCUAUUUUGUUUAAAAAAAAAUACAUAAAUGCAAUGCAUUUGAACUUUCAGGGGUUAUUACAUUA